AUGAAAACUACCACUGCACAGUUAAGCCAGAUAUUACUUGCUGAGCGUCGUGACAAGAAGGAAAUUGAAUUUAUAGCAAAAGAGCUAUCACAAAUUUUCAAAGAUUUAUUCGGUCCGCAAUUAUGGAUUUCAUAUAGUGGCUACUUCCCAAUUGUAGCGCAAGUUGCAUAUUACGUUGUUACCACGUUGUUAGGAAUACAAACAGUUGGUGAGGAAUAUGUGUCCAUUGUUCCGCUCGUUCUCACAAAAGACUAUAAAAUACCGUCAUUUACAUGUCGUUUAGUUUUCGUCUUGAUCCAUGCUGUUGUACCUUUCUUGACUGAAAAGUUGUUUGGAAAAAUUGAGCAGAACUUGGAUAAAUUAUUAGUCAGUGGUGAAGCUCAAUUAGCAAGAAGGCACAAAAAGUUGAGAGGUAUUCCAGUACUGUUUCGCUUAAACAAAGCGUUGUUUUAUAUUUAUGGUACCUAUUAUCACAUCUCGAGGCGUUUAGUGGGUUGGCAGUACAUUUCAUUAUGUCCUCAGUUGAAUAAUGAGGCCUUCACUUAUUUUCGAUUGUUAGGAGCAAUAAUUGUUGCACAAAUAAUCUUGGAUGCAACAAUUUGGAUAAAAAAAGAGUGGAAGAAUAUAACUUGGAAAGAAGCACGAACUAAUACCUGCCAGCCGUCAAGCUUAGAAAUAUCAAGAAAAGAUAACAGUCUGCUUACAAGUAGUUCAUUCUGCUGUUUAAUUUGUUCACAGUAUAAUAAACCUCCAGUCUGUACACCGUGCGGACAUUUGUUUUGCUGGGAUUGUAUUUUAAAGCAUAUACAGUAUACUUCCCUGCAACGCAAUUCGUCUUCAUUUUGUCCACAUUGUCGUCAACAAUUCCAUCGAAGUCGAAUCCAGGAAAUGAGCAUCGUUCGUACAGUUGUGAGAAAUUUGCCAAAACGGUUAUCUGAAAAGCAGCAAGGUUUUCGAUAUUUGUCAAUAUCAAAAAAGUUGGAAAAAGCCGAUUUCUCAUUAAUUUAUGUUAGUGGUAUACAGCCUACAGGUAUUCCGCAUUUGGGUAAUUACUUUGGUUUCAUUCAACAUUGGAUUGACCUGCAAAAUGUAGUAUCUCGAAAUUUUCUCAUCUCUUCAUCUAUUCAUAAUGAACAUUCAAAACACAUGUAUCUUUCAAUAGCUGAUUACCACUCAAUUUCAACAGGAUUUGUCACUCCUAAUACUAUGAAAAAUAACCUUUUACAAAUGGCAGCAAGUCUACUCGCUUGUGGAGUGGAUCCGCAGAAAACGGUUUUGUUCCAGCAAAGCACAGUUGCUGACCACGUCAAUUUAAUGUAUGUGCUUGGAAGCUUACAAACACUAGCUCGACUUACUCGAAUGCCACAAUAUAAAGAUAAAGCUGCGGCCUUUAAACGAGGUGACAUUCCUAUAAACCUUCAAUUAUAUCCUGUCCUUCAAGCAGCCGAUGUAUUGCUGUAUAAAGGAACCCAUGUACCAGUUGGCGAUGACCAGACUCAGCAUUUGCUUCUAAUGAGAGAUCUGGCUACGAAAUUCAAUGCAGUGCUUCAUUAUGAUUUUUUUCCUAUCCCAGUUCAGAUGAAUGCCAAAUGCUCACGGUUGAAAAGUUUGAAUGAUGCUACAAAAAAAAUGAGUAAAUCUGUCGGUAAUGACAGAUCACGUAUCCUGAUCACAGAUUCAAGACAAGUAAUUUCUAACAAGUGUGCAAAAGCCUUGAGUGAUUUCGUUUCCCAUAUUACUUAUGAACCAGAAAAACGCCCUGCAGUGAGCAAUCUUGUCACUCUUUAUGCGUUAUCAACAGGCAAGAGUGUUCACGAAGUAGUUGAUGAGUGCUCAGAUUUGGAUACAAAAGGAUUCAAAUCAGCGCUGGCAGAAAAAAUUGAUAUGCACAUUGCUCCUGUACGAGAGAAGUAUGAAACUCUAAUACAAAAGCCACAGGUGAUCCAUGAUGUCCUUAUGUUUGGUACUCAAAGAGCUGAAAAAAAGGCUCGAGAAACAAUGAGAGAACUUAGAGAACUGUUGGGCUUCAAUGUCUUUGAGCAGAAGAUCGAUUCCCGCCUAGCAACAAGCUUAUGUGGACGAAAAAAAGAUGCUGCAACGAGUAGUUAUAUAGGUCAUCUCUCUACUAAGGCUACUGGUGACAAAGAAGCAGAAUACGCAUUAAAGCAAUUAAGAGCAGAAAGUUGGAUCCCAAAAAUAUUCUACAGCAACAAAUAA